ACGACGAUCUACGAACGAACGCAACGUCUUUCUGCAAGGCACAUGUACUUCUUGGGAAUCCACCAUUGUUAUUGGGAUCGGCCGACGUAAAUUAGCGUUGUUUUGCGGGACGAUUUUUCCGUCAAGAGGAAGGAAAUACGAUUUUGUGAACAUUUCUGUUUGACCGUGUACAAUUGGACUUUCAGAGAAGACUUUAUUUUAGUAGAAUCUUGGUAUAUUAUUGGAUUUACAAGGCAAUGUCUGCGGCGGCAGGAGUUGAACAGAAACCAAGAAGUCAGAGGAGCCAAGUACCAAAUGGACCGAUAAACCCUAAGGAGAAUGUUGCUGAAGGAGAACUAGAACGCUACAUGCAGUCCAACCAGCCCGCCCAUCAGGGGUACUCGUCGGCACCUAGUAUGGCUGCACAGGAUUCCUAUAUGCCAACAACGUACUACCAGUCACCUUACUCCUUCCCAUCGUACUCUAUUCCUGGAACUGAAACAACAUGGUCCACAGGUGGAGACACCUUUAACAAUUUUAACUACACAAGCUAUGAGUCGAACUAUGCUGCUCCGGACUACUACAACCAACCUGGCACCACCCCUCCUUACUUGAACCAGACCUUCAACUUUUUCCCUCCCAAUGCAGACUUUAUGCCAGGGACCUGGGCUAGUAACUCUGCUCCCGCUGCCCAACCCCAGGGAACAGCUCGUACCCAGCCACAGGCCCAGGCACCGACUGGCUCUUACUAUGACUACCCUAGGUACCAGGCUGGCCCGACUUCUAUGACUGGACAGCGUAACUACAGCCAGGGUUUAAAUGGACUUGACGCGCAGGAUGGAAAAGCCCAUGGGAUGAAGGCAAUGGAAUUGGGAAUGUCUGGACUGAACAUCGGUGCUCCCAUGGAUAAGACUGCUAUGAAUGUUGCUGGACGUGAAGUUCUGAAACAGGACGUGAUUCCUCCUAAGCCUCAAGGGCCCAGCUUCUCUCAGGCUGUGGCUGGGGCUGGAGGAACUGCACAACCCCCUCCUCAGAACACAGCAGUGCCAAAGCAAACAUCCUGGGCUGCCAUCGUUAGUAAGCCUGCAAAGCCGCAACCCAAGAAAACAACAAAGACUGGAUCCCAUGCUCCUGUACCUACUCAGCUUCCGACAAUGAAGCCCCCAAUGACUAUUGGAACUUGGAACAAUUGCGACAAGACUGGCACUCCUCCUAAGCCAGCUGGGACUGCCACUACCAUGCCCUCUCCCCCUCAGAACCCAGCCCAAGCACAAGCCCAGCCCCAACCUCCUGCUGCCAUCCCUCCUCAGCAGCAUAUCCAGGUGCCACCUCAGCAGCCUCCCAUGCAACCUCCACAGCAGCAGAUGCCAGUUCACCCUCAACCGCAAGUGCAACAUGUCCAGCCUCAGCCAGUUGCCAAGAUUGAGGUUUCUCAACCUCCUCUCACUUCAGCUCAGCCUGUGUCCCAGCAAAAGCCAGUGUUGCCAACGAGCGACGUUCCACGGAGGGGACCUCAGGCUGUUGUGCAACCGCAGCCCCAACAACCAAGAGUGUGGGACUCGAAUGGACAGAAUCGUGGCUAUGGACAAAGAUCUUCUAACCAAAGCAGUACCGCAGGUCUGGCACCCAUUUCUGGUGUACCGGGCCAGAAAAAUGAUACAGAUAGCCCGGUAUUGGAGAAAUUACGUUCUAUCAAUGACUAUAAUCCUACUGACUUUACACUUGACCUUAAGAACUCUCGAAUCUUUAUCAUUAAGAGCUACUCAGAAGACGACAUCCAUCGCUCCAUUAAGUAUGGCAUCUGGUGCAGCACCGAGCAUGGUAACAAGCGCUUGGAUGCUGCCAUGAAGGAACGCCAAAGUAAAGGUCCUGUGUACCUUAUUUACAGUGUGAACGGUAGUGGGCACUUCUGUGGAGUGGCAGAAAUGAUGUCUGAGGUGGACUCUACAACCAACACUGGUGUGUGGGCCCAGGAUAAGUGGAAGGGUCGUUUUGAUGUGCGAUGGAUAUAUGUGAAGGAUGUUCCAAACAGCACGCUUCGGCACAUACGGCUGGAGAACAAUGAUAACAAGCCUGUGACCAACUCUCGUGACACUCAGGAAGUGUUAUUGGACAAAGCUAAGCAGGUGAUGAAGAUCAUUCACAAUUUCAAGCACGAGACCUGCAUCUUUGAUGAUUUCAACCACUAUGAGAAACGACAAGAGGAGGAUUCCAACAGAAGGGGAGACAGCCGUAGCAGCCGACGUGGAGGUCACCGAAACUAAACCCCCUUGGAGAGGUUUGUAAGACGGCUGUCAGCUAAUUUCUGCAGAGUCGUCGAAGAUUAUGUCAUGCUUUAAAAUAAAAUAUUAUUAAAACAACCUAUCAUCUAGGGUUUAGAAAUCUGCUUCAAUUGUAAUUGCUAAGAAAAAAAAUAUUGAAAAAUUAUCUGAUGUGCAGGAAACAUUGAAUAAAUUCUGGUCUGUAUUUUGCUUUCAACGAUAUGGAUAGUCUUGUGCUAUUGGCAGCCCCUUUCGGACAGGAGAAACGGAUGCAUUGUAUUAAUAGUGAAGGUGGGAUGAAUGCACUGGAGAAGCAGAUAGAAGCUCAGCUCUGAAGGAAGGCGCUAGAUUGUGGAGACUCUGUCCAAGAUAGUUGUCAAGUUCCUUUCAGAAAGCCAUGAUAUUUGAUAUAUGUGGGACUAAGGGCUUCUUUUGGUAUGCGAUGGUUAUUCAAAAUAAGCAACGGCUGGAGAUUUCAGUACAAGGAUGAUCAAGGAUGACUUCAUAGGUCAGCUAUUUCAUAUAUUUGACAACACAAAUUACAAGGAAUGGUGUUACUUCUGCACUAAGGCACUAAGGGAAGCCUCUUGGAACGAAUCAAGUGAAAAAACGCAAAAACUUUAUCAUAUAUCCAGUCAUUCUGAUACAACUUGUACAUUGGCUACAUCAGUACAGAAAGACACUUUAAAAGAGGCACCACUUGAUUUUUAAGUUUUAUUUUCUUGUGAAACUUGUACCCAAAUAUCAGUAGCCAGUGUUGAUGUUGGUGAUGUCCAUUCUUAUAUUCGACCUGAACGUUUGUGUCAGUUAUGCCGAACAAGAACUAGACAUUACACAAUGGACAAUACAUUACAAGACCUUGUUUUCAAAGACAAUUGAUGUUUAAGAGACACUUUGCAACGACAAAAAGACCAACAUGACAUGGAAUGGGAAAAAAAGUAAUGAGGAAAAGAAAUGGUGUGAUGACAUACUGCAAUGGCUUUGUGCAAGAUUCACAUAAGAAUACUGAGACAUUGAACAACCAGAACCGGGCUACUAGUAUAAUACACACUCCUUGUCUUCUCUAAAUUUGUUUUAUGUACUUUUCUUUGUCACGUUCAUUGUCAAAUGAGGAAAUUUGAUGGGUUAGUUGUGUACAAGCACGCUGGUUUUGUUUGUUGCUUCAGAAAUGAAUUUCUCUUCCAAGUCUAAAUUACCACUGAGCUGUUCGUUUACAAUCCAUAGAGCAUACAUCACUUUUCAUCUGUUUACAUGUUAGUUGAAUGCGAGGUAUACUUGGUGUUCCAUUAUCAAGGUGGGAAUAUGAAUUACAACCGGGGAAAAAAAUAACACGGGGGCUCGGGGGGAAUUCACCCUUUGAAAUGCCCUGGAAGACUUAACAAAAAAUUCUUGAAAUUCCCAUAGGCCCGCCCCGUAUUCUGAUGUCAGGUCUAACUCUGCUAAACUUAUGGGGAGCCAAAAAUUCUAACAUUCUGUUUCUAUAGUAUAUUUCUUAUGUUUACUAUUUUGUGUCAUUUUGCUUUCAUAGUGAGGAAAAAUACGUCAAAAUACUUCAGUUAUCAUUCCCACACAAUUAUGAACAAAUUGGGUGUCAUUAUGAGUUACUAAAUUGGUUGUGUACCAUUAGGGAUUUGUGCCCCAAUUGGCUCUCCAUAGUUGAACUGCAACUUCAAACCAGGGUUUAAUUUAAACCCGAGUUCAGAAUACGGGUCAUAGGGUCUAAUAUAAACUGUAAUGUUAUGUAGCAAAACUGUCUGGUGAUCUCAAAGAGGAGCCCCAGAAAAAUCAUUAAUUCUAAUUUGGAGUUUGUCACGUCAUAGAGAGAAUUCUCUCUAAAAGGUCCAACUUUUUAGUUUUAUUAGCAGUUAUGAAAAAGCAAUAUGUAAAGCUACCCUAUGCCCUCAUGAUUUUAAUUAAUUUUUUAUGUUGUCUAUGUAGUGUUUAGGAAUUUUACAAACCACAGUUGUCAAUUUCAAAUUGUCAAUUCUUGGAGAAUCUCUUUUGUCAUUGUUUAUUGUAUACACGUACUACGAACUAUGGAGCACAUUCAGGAUUUUACAUGUAUCGUAAAUGUUUCCUGGAAUAACUCUUACAUUGGAACUGUUUUAUUGUGAAAUUAAACAUGAUGAAGUCUCGCUUGUGUUUCCCUUCUGAAUGACUAAAAAAUUGAAUGCUCAAAGAACUACUUUUUUUUAGAUAUAAAUAAUUGCCCUCCCCCCCUCCCCAAAAAGAAAAAGAAUUGUGGAUUCCAUAUACAGGUUGGUCAUAAAGUCAUCCACAAUAAGUAUCAUUAUGCAAGAUCUUGGGCAGUUACAGACAUCACUAGUUAUGAAUGGCACUAUAAAUCAUUGGUUGUGGUGAUCAGAAACACAUCGUUCACAACUCAUCACCCCUUUUGAUAGAUUUGCAUGAGGAGAUCAAUAACAUCACACUGACAUUAUCACCAUAUUUUAGGUUCCUCAUCGGCAGUAUUUUUUGACAUGAUGUGUCACUAUGUGCAAUCUACGUGCAUUGUGACAAUUUUCUAUCACCACGCAAGUAAUAUAUAUUACGUGUGCUCUAAGCUCCGGCUAGCCGUUGUGUCUACCAGUGGUGAUCGGUAGCGUCUUUCAGAAAUAAACGUCACUUAUUAUCCAUAGCAUACAUGUAAAUGCUGUCCAAGUGGUGAUUGAUCUUGAUCAAUCCCCACCACUUCUCGUUAAAAGAUCAAUGAAAGUGGCUGCAUUAAAUGCCGAUUUCAAGAGAAACUGUAAAGCCAAGGUUAAUUGUCACUAUGAGGUCGUUCUCAUUAUGCUUUCUAAAACUAGUUUACUGGAAACUGAUUCAGAAAACCAGUUUGGAAGAUCGCUUUGCUAGUGUUCCCACUUGAUCACACGAAAGUGGUUUUCUAAAUCACUUUAUGUAAAGCACUCUUGUGCUAUGGAAACGCUCUCAGUGGGGUGACACGUUUCGCACGAAAUUCGAAACUGCAGCAUAGGCAUUCUUCACCUGUCAUGUGGAGUAGUGCGCUUAAAAUGUGCGAAGAACGGUUGUGUCCUCACUCUAAAAUUGAUUUAACGAGGCAAAGCGAUCUUCAAAACUACAUCGCGAGGUGGUUUUCCAAGAAGAUCACUUCCAAGACCGCUUCGAUCGUUCUCACUAUGCAUUAAACUAGUUUCCACUAAACUAGUUUCCAGUAAACUAGUGUUAGGAUCGUAGUGAGAACAGCCUUUAUCUCAUCCAUCUAGAUCUGGUUCUGUUACAUAAACUGAACUUUGUGAAAUCAUGAAAUCUAAGUUGAAAACAAUCACACUGACAAUCGCUUACACAGAUAAGCACACAUGGGACAGUGUAUUUUUGUUGCAGCAAUUACACAAGUUUUUCCUGGAAUCCUUUGGCACACAUGUUUUUUUUUUAAUUGUAUGUACUGACACUUUGUAGUAAUUUUAUUGGAUUCUUUAUGAAUUCAUUUUGAAAUUGUUACCACAACUCACUGGCAUUUAUCUUUAAGGAGUAUUGAGAUGAUUGAUCUUUCACCAUUGGUUAUUGAUGGUGCUUUCCAUCUUCUUGAUUGAUGAUAAAGUCUGAAGGGAGGGGGGGCUUGUGAUUCUCCUACAUAUAAGUUACUUUUUUAUUUAUUUUAUUUGCAAGAUGAUUAGUUGAUGAUACUUUGGCCCCCCUCCCAUGGGAUUUGUGCGUAACUUUGUUCAAAACAAAUGCGAUAAAUCAUCGAAGCCCACCAAUCUCUGACACGGGGGGGGGGGGGGGGUGAAUACAUGCUGUCCAGUGUCCUUGCAGUAUUUUGAAUUUUCCUCGUAUAUUACAUACCUUUUAAUAGAUAUCGUUUAUACUUGCAUUUCAGCUCCUUUCAGUAAGUGACUGAUCUAAUAGCAUUUGUAUGUUGAAAGUUCUUAUCACAGCAAAUACUGUUAUCGGUUCCAAUACCUUUUUUUUCUUGCGUUAGGAAGGUAACUGCAGCACUCAGGAACUUGUAUCGUUGUUUUUGUGUGUUACGAAGAGAACUCAGUUUUUCUAAUCUCUAUUUUCAUUUCAAGAGCCUGUUGAUCGAGUGUAAACAAUGCGUUCUGAAAAUAAACACACUUAAAAGUGGUUUCUAGGUUGAUUUACAGCUCCUACAAAUAUCUUCAUUUUUAAUUCAUGAAUCAUGUUUCAUUUUCCAUAAGCUCAAAUAAUUGACAAGUAAUUUCCAUUUAUGAUAUUGUAUAUCUCAUUGUAUUCUAUUUUUUCUUUUAAUUUCCAAUCUAGCCUUUCAUGUAUACAUGUAAUCUGCAUUCUUUAGAAAAUUCCUUGGUGGUUUCAGCAGGGAUCAUUCAGUAAUCACGUUUCUUUUGGUUACCAUUCAAUUGAUCGAGAUUAAAAUAUCUUCCACUAUUUUAUAUGUUCUUAAAUCCAUUGAUAACCUCUUGUACUAGGUUGGAUGUAGUUUUUGUCAGUUCUAGUUUGAUUUAUAGGUAUGUUUUGUGACAUAAUGCAAGAAUUACAUUGCCAGAAGGUUGACAUUUCAUGCAAACACGACCUUUGACAUUUACACUCCCAUUUUGCACGCAAAGUUAACACUUGUAUUUACCAAAAACACAUAUAUUUUUUUGUUGCAAACUUUUUGAAAUGGGAGAUUUAAAAAACACCUACCAAACGUGUACUAAACAAUGGGACUUGUAAGAUUGACUUUGAUUUUAACGGGAACUUACCUACAAAAAAAAAAUUAACUGGACUCACUCACCUCGUCAAUCUGUUAAAUGAUGUGGCCAUAAUUUAAUAAAAAAAGUGUGAUGAUGUUUUUAAAUUUGAUCUUGGUACUUUUAUUUAUAUCUUUGUCUGAUGGAUUAUGAGUGAUUAAAUGUAUUUCAUAACUUUAAAAAGUAAGUGGCUGUAGUUUAACUAUAAUUAUUAUGUUAACUGUUUUAGAGGAAAGUGAGAUUACAAAAGUUACAAAAAUGAUGUGUUUUACUGUUACGGCAGUUUCUUAUACAUGUACUCUCUAUUGGAAGGGCGACGUUUGCACCAAUGGGUCUACAAUUACUUGCACACGUUAUAGUAGAGCUUUAUCUAGUAUUUUCAUUAUGUGUAAAUGCAUUGCAAGACUACAAUAUAUCUGCAAUGCUAUGUCUGUCAUUGAAAGUGAGCCCAUUGUUUUUAUAAUUUGUCACAAGUUGAAAAGAAUCUGGCAAUUUUAACUAGAAUGAUAUUUGUGAUAUUGACUAAAAGAGUAUUUGUGUUUUACAUUGUUGUAGUCUUGUUUCAGACUGUAACCUGUAUAAACCAUAAUUGUGAAUCCAAUUGAGUUGUGGAGGAAAGGCUACCACUUUCAUGAAAAGAGUUACAGUCAUACGUACUGUAUUUAAAAAUCUAGCUUUUAAUCUUGCAGUUGGCAACCAUUUUGUGAUUUUGUAUCCAGUGUUGCAUAGGAUCUGAAGGUCGAGAACAUUUUAAAAUCUACACACUAUAUGUGAAACAAGAAAAACAUUGAUUAGAUAUGAAUAAAACCACAUUGGAAUCAGAAUGUAAA